AUGAACCAAAUACGAGCAAUUCAGGCACUAAACAAAAAAGAGAUUGAAAAUGGAAUCUCCCCCGAAGCCUCGUGGCAUACCGAUUACCGGGACACGGCGUACGUUUACUUUGGUGGCCUGCCUUACGAGCUCUCGGAAGGCGAUAUUAUUACGAUAUUCUCACAAUUCGGCGAGCCGGUCUUUUUAAAGCUCGUACGCGACAAGGAAACGGGCAAAUCCAAGGGCUUUGGGUGGCUUAAGUACGAAAAUCAGAGGAGCACCGAUCUCGCCGUGGACAACCUUGGUGGCGCAGAAGUUGGGGGGCGUCUUUUGCGCGUAGACCAUGCGCGGUACUCGAUGCGCGACGACGAAGACCAAGACGAGUUCAAAGUUGGUUGGGAGGACCUUCAGCGCAAAGAAGGCAAGCCGGUGUCCGACGACGAGAGCAGCGAAGACGAGGCGCCGCAACGACCGAUGCUGCAGGAAGAACGCGACCUGGCGAAACUGAUACACGAACAUGAUGAUGAUGACCCGAUGAAGGCGUUUCUCAUCGAAGAGAAGAAGAAGGAGGUGGAAGAGGCACGAGAGAGAGCCGACAAGAAGGAGUCAAGACACAAGCAUCGCUCGCACAGACAUCAUCAGUCGAGGUAUGACAAUGAUGAUAAACGACGAUCUCAACGUGACGAUGAUGAUUCGGAGCGGCGCCAUCGUCAUCAAAGUGACCACCGUAGCGACAGGCACCGCGAUGCGGCCGAGGACUACCAUAGGAGUAAAAGGCGCGAUGAGGACUCGAGAGAACAUAAAUCACGGCGCAGAGACGAUAGAGAGAAGGAGUGGAAUCGUGAUCGGGACAGAGGGCGUCGCGAUCGGGAAAGAGACGAGGGACGGCGGCACAAGCGACAUGCAAGCAGAGAACACGAAGAAGAGAGAGGCCACGGGCGGAGAAGACGCAGCGGCUCUCCAAGACGCAACGAAGAGUGA